GUCCAUCACCGGCGAAAUGUCUUCCCUUUCUAUUUAUGGAGGAAAUGGUCACAUCUCUUUCAUACCCAUCUUUCCCAUUCCUAUAUACCCACUCCCUCUAUUACUCUAUAGUCUAUACACACUCCUUUCAUCGCAAAAUUCAUUCAUUCUCCAUACUCGUUAAAGCUUUCUCUUUUUUCAUUUUUUUCAGUGCAGGUGAUUAUUUUCUGAAAUUAGAGAUGGAAGUAACAGGAGGAUAAAAGCGUUUUGUUUUCUAUGGCCUUGGCAGUUAUUCGGGCAAUGCUUGGGGGUGAAAGGAACUCAAGGAGCUUAGAGAGUAGUAGCAGCAUAGGUACGAGAAUCCAGCAGAGCAUUAGUAGGAUCGGGAGUAGCAUGGAAUUUGAAUCUGGUUGGACAAAUCAUAGAAAGUUGUCGGUGUUUACAGCUCAAGUUAUCCAUUCUGCAAUGUCUUUUAUGCCUUGGUCUUCUAGAAUUUCCAUAAGUGAAGGCUAUCACGAGUUUCUCUAGUCAAAUCAAAUGCACUUUGUUAAGUUACACGUUGAAUUUGAUCUAUCAGAAUUGUGGGAAAAAGAGAGUUCCAGAACCGAAGUUGUGUUUCUCUGAUCAAAUGAAGCUAGACAAUACGGGCUAUUCAGAAAACAAUUCUCGCUUUACUUCUUUCUUUUCUAAAGAUUCCUAUUCUCCCAUCUUGCCUGGAUUGCCAGAUGAUGUGGCAAAAUACUGCCUUGCUCUUGUUCCUCGGUCUUAUUUUCCUGCUAUGGGUGGUGUCAGCAAGCCAUGGAGAUCGUUUAUCAAAAGCAAAGAGUUCAUCAUGGUACGAAAACUAGCCGGUUUGCUUCAGGAGUGGCUUUUUGUCUUAACUGCAGAUGGUGACGGAGAGCAAAGCCAUUGGGAGGUCUUGGAUUGCUUGGGGCAUAAGCACCGUCAGCUCCCGGAGAUGCCGGUUCCAAUCAAUGCCGGGUUUGGCGUUGUAGUUCUCAAUGGGAAGCUCCUUGUCAUCGGCGGAUAUUCCAUGGCUGGUGGAUCUAGUUCUGCUUCAGCAGAUGUUUUUCAGUACGAUUCUUGCUUGAACAGCUGGAGCACAUUAUCUAGCAUGAAUGUGGCACGCUAUGACUUUGCCUGUGCGGAGGUGAAUGGAAUGGUGUAUGCAGUUGGGGGUUAUGGCGUGGAAGGAGAAUCUCUUUCUUGUGCUGAGGUGUACGAUCCAGAUACCGGGAAAUGGAGCGUGAUCGAGUCUCUUCGUCGCCCAAGGUGGGGCUGUUUUGCGUGUGGGUUUGAUGGGAAGCUGUAUGUGAUGGGUGGUCGAUCGAGUUUCACUAUAGGAAACUCGAGGUUUGUUGAUGUGUACAGCCCCGAGAGGCACGCUUGGUGUGAGAUGAAGAACGGGUGUGUGAUGGUCACUGCCCACGCGGUGCUGGGGAAGAAGCUGUUUUGCAUAGAGUGGAAGAACCAGCGUAAGCUAGCCAUAUUCAACCCCGAGGACAAUUCGUGGAAGAUGGUCGCGGUUCCUGUGACGGGGAGUUCGAGCAUUGGGUUCAGAUUUGGCAUACUAGACGAGAAGCUUUUGCUAUUCCCCGUGCAGGAGGAUCCCGGCUACACUACGCUGUUAUAUGAUCCAAAUGCAGCUCCGGGUUCAGAGUGGCAGACCAGCGAAAUAAAGCCAUCCGGUUCGUGCCUGUGUAGUGUCACUAUUAAGGCUUAGAACCUCACAUUUUACUUGUUUUCUUGUCCUGAUUUGUUACCUUAGUGCUUUGAACACUUUAGCAUUGCUACAAACCUAGUUCUGAUGAUGUCUGUGUGUGUUAUCUGGUUUUAUGGUUGGAACUUUGGUACCAAAUUAACUUGUAGUUUUGCUUCCUUGAAUUGAUCUUGUCUCUGGGGUUUUUGCUGUUGA